UGUUUUGUCCUUGGGGUGCCCCCAAGCAUUAAUCAGUGCCUGGGGCUCUGCGCUGGCAGCUUUGGGCACCCUGAAGGUUCCCCCCCCCCCCCGUCUGUCUGUCCGUCCUGGGGAUGGCCACCCCACGGGCAAAGAGGCCCCGCAGGGAGAGCAGCGGGGACCUGGGGCUCUCGGCCACCAAACCCCGGGCUCGCCGGCAGGCCAAGAGCCGGCAGAGAGGAGGGGAUGGGGGCAAGCAUGUUCCGGGUCCCCCCCCGGAGCCUUUGACCCCUGGGAGGCGGCAGCUGACCAGGCUGCGGUUCUGUGGGGAGCGUGGCAGCCUGCCGUCCCCUUCCCUCUGCCCAGGGGAAAGGGGUGAGCCCCUCCAUCGUGGGGUAGUCCCUGCGUGGGGAGGGGGGCAGCCCUGGGCUGCAGUGCUGGGAGCCCCCCAGAGCCCCCCGUCGCAGCCCUGCUACAAGGGAGCCUACUUCUCGGGGCUCCCUGCGGAUGAGUGCCAGGACCCCGCUGUCCCCAGCCUGCCGCUCCCCGCGCCCCCUACGCCCGGCCCCCGCAGGACCCGCAGCACCCCGGAGCACACCCUGGUCCUGGAGCUGGAGGGGACCCUGGUCUGCUCCUCCGUGCUCGCCGGGCGGCUGCCAGGUGCCGUGGCCUCCUUCACCACCUCCUUCCAGGGCGAUGCUUAUAAGGUCCACGUGCAGCUGCGUCCCCACGUGCAGCAGUUCCUCGAGAGCCUUUCCAAGACCUACGAGAUCUUCAUCUUCACAACAGCGAAGCAGGACUACGCUGAGAAGAUCCUGGAUGUGCUGGACCCCAAAAAGAAGCUGAUCAGGCGCUGCCUCUCCCAGCGGGACUGCCUCUGUGCCCACGGCUGCUACUGGAAGGAUCUGUCCCUGCUGGGCAGGGACCUGGCCAAGACGGUGGCCCUGGACCACACCAUCCAGGGCUUCCCCUCCCAGGCCGCCAACUGGAUCCCGGUGCCGAGGUGGUUUGGGGACCCUGGGGACGAGGAGCUGCUGCGCCUCGUCCCGCUGCUGGGACAGCUCUGCCGGGCGGACGACGUGCGCACCGAGGCGCAGCAGCAGCUCCCACGCUACAGGCUGCCCGCCGAGGACUAGGACAGCCCACGAGGAGGGGAGCGGGAUGGGGAAACCGCCCCCCCCCCCCCCGGGAGGGACCCUGGCUUGGGGGGCCAGCGCUGCUGUGGGGAAGCCUUGCUGCAGCGCGAGCAGCGCUUGGCCGUUGCCCAGAGCUCUGUAAUGUCCUGCCACGGGGUGCUUUCGCGGAUGAUUACGUGCUUGGACAAAGGUCUUGCUCUCUUCGUUGCCUCCCAAGUCCGCCUCAGCUGUGCAAACACGCUGAGCCCGGGGAUGGGUGGCUCAGCCCGCUGCCACCCCGCGAUGCCACACGGGUUCGGGUCCGUGCCCUGGGCAGGGCUGCCCGCAGCGGCCCCGCUGCUGCCAUUCGGUGGCCGAGCCCCACGCAGCAGCGAUGCCCUUGGGAGGGCCCCAGCUGGCAGCGCUCCCCGCGUCCGCCCCAGCCCUGCCCAGUGCCGCGCUGCGUGCCAGGGCGCAGCUGCUGCCGUGCUGCUGCCGGCCCUGGUGGGGCAGCGAGGGCCGAGGGCCUUCGCCUCCGCAGCGUGGGGCGACCACGGGGUGCAGCAGCCAGCCCCGGGCACGUUUCUGAAGGCUGCUGACAAGCAGGGCCCUGCUGUGCCAGCACCACGGAGCGGCGGCUCCCAGUCCAGCUCCCUCUUCCCUGCCAAAAUCUGCGUGGGCUCGCGGCUCAGCCAGCGCUGGAGGCGCUGGACGUGUUUACUCGGGCGCAGCUGUUUGGAGGGAAGUCACAUCUCCUCCUCCUCCUCCUCCUCUGCGCCUGGGAAAGGGCGCGGGGCUCCGUGCUUGGCCACGCAGCCCGGCCCAGCUGGAAAUAGCUCCCUCGCAGCAGCCAGCCAGGGCGCUGGGUCCCCAGCGCCGUGCAAAUCCCCAGGGGAUGCAGGGGACAAGCCAGGCGGGGGGGGAAGCCACCACUGCGUCCGUACCCAUGCACGGAGCUGGAUACGGAGCGGGGUCAGCACACAGCUGCCGGCAAGUGAAGUCAACCUUCAGAAAGGGCAGCCCAGAAGGGCAACAAAACCUUUAUUCAGAAAGGGGGGCAAGGACAGCUCUGUCCCGGGCUGGUGUCCUUCCAUCCCUCCAGCCCAGGGCCAGCAGGUGCUACCUGUAGAGCCAGCCAGCGUGCAUGACCUUGCGGUACGUGCCACAGACGAUGGCCAAGAGGAUCAGGCUCCCGCAGAUCAGGAGGACUGGGAGGAGGUCCCCGUGCUGCCCAUCCUCGGGGGAGAAACCCAGCAGAGGGGGGCAGGAGUGGGAGAGCCCGUUGAAGAUGCGGGCAGGGGGGCAGGCGGUGCAGUUGUUGGCCGAGGCGCCCUGGCACGUGUAGCAGGAGGGGUGGCAGCUGGCGCAGACCCGGGCUGCGUUCGUGGAGGCGGCUCC